AUGCAUCUGCCCGGAACGCCGAGCUCAGCCAAGUGUAUCGACCCCUUGUACCCACAGCGCGAGAGAACACCGCGAUUAAGUCGUUGGAGGUCGGAAUUGUUCGUAGCAUGUUCGUUCGUUGCUAUUGUUGUUUUUGCCACGAAAACAAGAGAAGCCCAUUGUUUCGGAUAUGACCUCGUGAUACUUAUGUCAAGCUUCUGGGGCUCGUUUGUAACCGAAGACGAUUCGUGUGAAACUCAAAAGGCAGUCUUGCCGAACGGCACGCUCAUCUUCCCGCCUUUCCGCGCGGAAGAUUACCGACAGGAAGUUCACGCACAGGUGUACAGAUGCUUGGCACAGAACCCACAAGGAAUGAUCACCUCAAGGGACGUCAAAGUUCGAGCAGGCGUCGAUCAGAGCUACCGAAUCGAGGUGAACAACGAACAUGUAAUUGUGGGGAACGACGGAAUCGUUCGCUGCGUUAUUCCAAGCUUCGCGAGCGAUUUUGUGGAGGUUGUCGCGUGGGAAACGGAUGACGGCACGAUUAUUCCGAAGAGGCCCACUGUGGACAGAGCUGUUGUUCACCAGACUUACGAAACCGGAGUUGCUGACGAGUACGUCAUCACGGGCAAUGGAGCGAUUUUCAAAUGCAACAUCCCGAGUUUCGUGGCGGAAUUCGUCGAGGUUGUGUCUUGGCACACCGCCAGCGAUGACGAAUCGUAUUACGCCAAUAACGCUCGGUUCGUGCUGAAGCAGUUUUACGAACCGGAAGUGCUUACGGAGUACAUAAUUAAGGGAAAUUCGGCGGUUCUCAAGUGCAACAUCCCGAGCUUCGUGGCUGAUUACGUGACCGUGGACGAAUGGACCACCGAUCAGGGGGACUCUUUUCAUCGCAAUGCCGGUUCUUAUGUCGUAUCGCAGUCGUACGAAACAGAAGCUGACAACGAAUAUGUGAUCCGGGGUAACAACGCCAUCAUGAAAUGCGAAAUCCCGAGCUUCGUGGCCGACUUCGUGAAAAUCGAAUCUUGGGAGGAUGACGAGGGACAGACGUUUUAUCCAUCUUCUGGUUCUUUCGUGGUGUCUCAGUCGUACGAGACGGAAACGCACAACGUUUACGUAAUCCGAGGGAAUUCGGGGAUCCUGAAGUGCGAAGUUCCGAGUUUCGUGUCCGACUUCGUGCAAGUGGAUUCGUGGCAAACCACGGAAGGCCAAGUUUUUUAUCGCUCGGAUAACGUUAAUGCCGUAGCCCAGUUGUACGAAACGGAGGCGGAGAACGAUUACGUGAUCCGCGGGAACAAUGUGUUGAUGAAGUGCAAGAUUCCGAGCUUCGUCGCCGAUUUCGUUAAAGUGGAUUCGUGGGAGGAUGACGCGGGGAAAACGUAUUUCCCGACGGCAUUAUCUGCCCCUGCCUCCGCACUUUCUGCUGUAUUUCAGCCGUAUGAGACGAGGACGGAAGACGAAUACGUGAUUCGCGGCAAUAGUGUGCUGCUGAAGUGUAAGAUCCCGAGCUUCGUCGCCGACGUGAUCCGUGUCGAUUCUUGGGAAGAUGAUGCGGGCACUGUGUACCAUCACAACAUGGUUGCCCAGUCGUAUGAGACCCAGGUUUAUGACGCGUUCGUGAUUCGAGGCAACACUGCGCUUUUCAAGUGCCACGUGCCGGCGUUCGUGUCGGACCAGAUCGACGUGUUCGCUUGGGAAUCGGACGAUGGUUCGAAGCGUUGGUCCGCGUCGUCGAAUCCCAAUCAUCUCGGUUAG